GGGAGCCGAAGUUCUUCCGGAAAGGUCCGAAGUUCUUCCGGAAGGACCCGAAGCUGUUCCGGAAGGACCCGAACUUUCGCCGGAAAUCCCCGAAGAGGCCCCGAAGCCUUUCCGGAAAUUGCCGAGCGGCGCCGGCCGUCUCCGAUCGCCUCAGAGGAGCCGCCGCCGUUUCCCCCCCCCUUACCCCGCCGCUCCGGUUCUCCGGUUCCCUCCGCCGUCCCCCCCAGCAGCCCCCCCCCCCCCUCCUCCCCGCCGGGGGGGGCCCCCCGGCCCGGUUCCCGGCCCCCCCGGCUCGGUUCGGCCCGGCAGGAUGAUCAAGCUCUUCUCCUUGAAGCAACAGAAGAAGGAGGAGGAAUCGGCGGGCGGCACCAAGGGCACCAGCAAAAAGGCCUCGGCCGCCCAGCUCCGCAUCCAGAAAGACAUCAACGAGCUGAACCUGCCCAAGACCUGUGAGAUCGACUUCUCCGACCAGGACGAUCUGCUGCACUUCCGCCUCCUCAUCUGCCCCGACGAGGGCUUCUACAAGGGAGGGAAAUUCGUCUUCAGUUUUAAGGUCGGCCAGGGCUACCCCCACGACCCGCCCAAGGUGAAGUGCGAGACGAUGGUUUAUCACCCCAACAUCGACCUGGAGGGCAACGUCUGCCUCAACAUCCUCAGAGAGGACUGGAAGCCCGUCCUGACGAUAAACUCCAUCAUCUACGGCCUGCAGUACCUCUUCCUGGAGCCGAACCCCGAGGACCCCCUGAACAAGGAGGCGGCCGAGGUGCUGCAGAGCAACCGCCGCCUCUUCGAGCAGAACGUGCAGCGCUCGCUGCGGGGGGGCUACGUGGGGGCCACCUACUUCGAGCGCUGCCUCAAGUAGCCCCGCCCCUCCCCCCACUCGCCACUCCCCCCCCCCCCAACCCCUCCCCCCCACCCCCACCCCCCCUUCCCUCCUGCCCAGCCCCCCCCUAUUUAUUGCCCCCCCGGGGGCGGGGGGGGCUCCCCCACCCUUCUUUUUCUGCCC